AUGUUACACUUUGUAUUCCUCCUAUUCCUAUUUCUAAGUAUCAGUCGUCAGUGUUUAUGUCUUCAAGAUGAUUAUUAUUGGCGAGAUUACACUGAUGGUGAAGUGCCCAUAGAUGCUGUAGUCGGAGGUAAAAUUGCUGACGGAAAAAACGUUUAUAUUGGACAAGCAUACAUAGAAAAUCAGGGUGAAGUAGUCUGUGAAAUUUUUGAUGGAAUAAAAGAAGUUUAUGUUCCGACAAGAGAUAAUAUAAUACAAAAAAUAGAGGACAAUAUAAAGAUACUUUGUGGUCCUCAACAAAAUUUAUAUUGGGUUCCAACAGAUUCUAAUAACGUUCACACGCUACUGGCUAAUAAUAGUGGAGUGCAUGGUGGUCAUCAAGAUGGACAAGGAAAAAUAAACAUUGGAAGAAUAAAUAUUAACGGAGGCUCUAAAAUUGGAAAAAUUGAUACAUUUUACAAAACAGAUGUUACCAUGUUUUAUAAUAAUAAUUUAAAAGAAGAAAGCGCUAUGUCUUACGAAAUUCUUUUGUACAAAAAACAUAAUGCGAUGAGUAAAACAAUUGCUAAUAAGGCAAUGUAAGUUAAUCAACGCUGUACUAAGAAUGUAGACUUGUGUUUUUAUUUCUAA